CCUGCCGCUGCUCACCGCCGGCGCCGUGGCCACCGACUUCAGCCGCAAUCAGGAGCACUUUAGCACCAUGGUGCGCGUCGGCCCCACCGCCCCCAAGCUGGGCGCCUUCGUGGCCCACCUGCACGGGCACUUCAACUGGAGUUCGCGCGCCGCUCUGCUCUACGUGGACCGCAAGACCGACGACCGGCCCUUCUACUUCACCAUCGAGGGCGUCUACGAGGAGCUGCGCCGCGCCAGCCUGGUCGUCGGCUACCACAUCUACGUGCCCCGCGACAACGGCAGCGCCGCCGUCGACGAAGCGGGAGGCCCGGACGCCGCCGUCCAGUUCAUCCGAGCCAACGGGCGAGUCAUCUACAUCUGUGGCCCCCUGGAGAUGCUGCACCAAGUCAUGCGUCGAGCCCAGUCGGAGGGCAUGACCCAAGGCGACUACGUGUUCUUCUACGUGGAUGUCUUCGGAGAGAGCCUGCAAGAGGACGGGCACCGGGGGGCUGCCAAGCCCUGGCAGAGCAAGGAGGGCCAGGACUCGGGCAUCUUGCGGGAGGCCUUCCAGACAGUGCUACUGAUCACCUAUCAUGAGCCCCAGACUCCGGAGUACCGAAACUUCCAGAACCAGGUGAUCCUGCGGGCUCGGCAGGAGUAUCAGGUGGAGCUCAGUGUUUCACUGAAGAACCUGGUGGCCGGCUGCUUCCACGAUGGGCUGCUCCUCUACGCCUUGGCCCUGAACGAGACCCUCCGUGAGGGCGACACCCGGCUCAAUAACAGCCGCAUCCUGGAGAAGAUGAAGGGCCGCAGGUUCCAGGGGAUCACUGGCACCGUGAGCAUGGAUCAGAACAACGACCGCGACACAGACUUCAACCUGUGGGCCAUGAUGGAGGGGGAGAGUGGCGAGUACCAGGUGGUUGGACACUACGUGGGAUCGGAGAAGCAGCUGAAGUGGCUGGGCCCCAUCCACUGGGUCAAGGGGCAGCCGCCCCUCGAUAACCCCCCCUGUUUUGACAUGGAUGACCCCUCCUGUGACAAAAGUGCGCUCAGCACCCUGGCUAUCCUGGCACUGGGGGCCGGAUUGACCUUCAUCAUGUUUGGGGUUUCCAGCUUCCUGAUCUUCAGGAAGCUGAUGCUGGAGAAGGAGCUGGCAAGCAUGCUGUGGCGGAUCCGCUGGGAGGACCUGCAGUUUGGGGGCUCGGAGCGCUACCACAAGGGAGCGGGCAGCCGACUCACCCUCUCGCUGCGUGGCUCCAGCUAUGGCUCCCUCAUGACGGCCCACGGCAAGUAUCAGAUCUUUGCCAACACAGGACUCUUCAAGGGAAACGUGGUGGCCAUUAAACACGUCAACAAGAAGCGGAUUGAGCUGACGCGGCAGGUGCUGUUCGAGCUCAAACACAUGCGGGAUAUCCAGUUCAACCACCUGACCCGGUUCAUCGGGGCCUGCAUUGACCCCCCCAACAUCUGCAUCGUGACCGAGUACUGUCCUCGUGGCAGUCUGCAGGACAUUCUGGAGAACGAGAGCAUCAACCUGGACUGGAUGUUCCGCUACGCCCUCAUCAAUGACAUCGUGAAGGGCAUGGCCUUCCUGCACAACAGCAUCAUUGGCUACCACGGCAGCCUCAAGUCCUGCAACUGCGUGGUGGACAGUCGCUUCGUGCUCAAGAUCACGGAUUACGGCCUGGCCAGCUUCCGCCAGGGCCACGAGAGCGAGAGCAACCAUGCGCUCUAUGCCAAGAAGCUGUGGACGGCCCCGGAGCUGCUGCAGAAGGGGACGCUGCUCCCGCCCCCGCCGGCCAUGCAGAAGGCGGAUGUCUACAGCUUUGGGAUCAUCCUGCAGGAGGUCGCCCUGCGCAGCGGCGCCUUCUACGUGGAGGGCCUAGAGCUCAGCCCCAAGGAGGUUGUGCAGAAGGUGUGCAACAGCCAGCCGCCCUACUUCCGGCCCACCACCGACACCCGCCUGCACAGCGAGGAGCUGGCUGUCCUGAUGGAGCGCUGCUGGGCUCAGCAGCCAGCAGAGCGCCCGGAUUUCGCCCAGAUUAAAGCCUUCAUCCGGCGGUUCAACAGGGAAGGAAGUACCAGCAUCCUGGACAAUUUGUUGUCGCGCAUGGAGCAGUACGCUAACAACCUGGAGAAACUGGUGGAAGAGCGCACGCAGGCCUACCUGGAGGAGAAGCGCAAGGCGGAGAAUCUGCUCUACCAGAUCCUGCCCCAUCCGGUAGCUGAGCAGCUGAAGCGGGGCGAGACGGUGCAGGCCGAAGCCUUUGACUGUGUCACCAUCUACUUCAGUGACAUUGUAGGGUUCACCUCCUUGUCGGCAGAGAGCACCCCCAUGCAGGUGGUGACGCUCCUCAAUGACCUCUACACUUGCUUUGAUGCCAUCAUUGACAAUUUUGACGUCUACAAGGUGGAGACCAUUGGGGAUGCCUACAUGGUGGUGUCUGGUCUGCCUGUCCGAAACGGCAAGCUCCACGCCCACGAGAUCGUCCGCAUGGCCCUGGCGCUCCUGGAGGCUGUGAAGACCUUCCGUAUCCGGCACCGGCCCAGUGAGCAGCUGCGCCUGCGCAUCGGGGUCCACUCGGGGCCGGUGUGUGCAGGAGUGGUGGGCCUCAAGAUGCCACGCUACUGCCUCUUUGGAGACACGGUCAACACGGCUUCACGCAUGGAGUCCAAUGGCGAGGCCUUGAAGAUCCACAUCUCGGCAGCCACCAAGGAGAUCCUGGACGAGUUUGGCUGCUUUCUGCUGGAGCUCCGGGGGGACGUGGAGAUGAAGGGCAAAGGGAAGAUGAGGACCUACUGGCUGCUGGGCGAAGAGAAGACGGCUGUCAUCUGAGGGGGAGGGGGGCUCCCUCUGCGGGGACCCAGCAGGAGCAGCUGCUCCCACAAACGAACAAACGGACGGACGGACGGGUGGUGGGUCUGCCCUGCCUUGGAGCAGCGAGGGAGGGCACCAGGCAGCCAGCCUGCAGGCCAGGAGGGCUUUGCGCCAGGGGAGGCAGCGCUAUGCCUGGAGCAGCCAAGGUGGGCUCUUGCUGCCCUGGACACCGAGGGGUCUUCCCCCCCCCUGGCCUGUGACACCUGGGCAGCAGGAACACACCUGCCGACCCAACUGCAGAUGCCCUUUGCCCACUGGGGCCUCCUGGACCCAUUCGAUGCCCCGCGCCCCGGCUCAGCCGGCUGAGCCAGCCCUUCAGCCCUGCUGCUCAUUUCCCCGCUUUGGUUGCAAAUUCAGGAACCAGGCAAGCAGUUUUGUCCGAAUGGAAAGAGGGAGAACAGCCCCCUCCUCCAUUUAGCAGGAGAAGGGAUGGCAAAGGCUCUAUCCAGCCCCGGAUGCUUUGGUGGUGGUGGUGGUGGUGCGGCGGCGGCGCAAGGGAACUUCCUGGAAACGGCUUUGGGGGUUGGGACUUCAGCUCUUGCAGGAAUUUCACAGGGAAACCAACACUUUGAGGAAGGGUCUCUCCAUCCCCCCUCGGCCUGCAUGAGCUCGGUACUUUUCCCAAUGGGCCAGGGGGGCGGCAAGGAAGUGUUCACAGAUUGGAGCAGUUUUCUGGGCUGUACAGCGACGGCUGGUCGAGGCAUUCCGGGAGGGGGGUGGUGAACGUCGCACACUUCCUGAAAGGGGUGUCGCCAGUCCGGAUGCUGGAGGUGCCCUGUGCAGGGGGGGUAAAAAAGCCUGAAGAGCAGCCGGGUGGGUGGAGCUGCCCUUCUGGCAUGGGUCACCC